AGACUUCCGCUGCUCUAUUGUUUACUUCCUAGGUUAAAAGCCAUAGAGUAAAUACAGGUUUUGUUUAAUAUCCCCUGAAAAUACGUAACGAAAUUGUUAGCAAAGAUGUCCUCUGAUAAAAUUAUAGGACCUGCUUUGCCUCCGAUGUUUGGAAAUGAGAGCUCUGAGGACGACGUUGACGAAAAAGAUUUUGCUGGUCCUGCUUUACCUCCUGGGUAUAAACGGGGUGAACAGUCUAGCUCCUCAGAUGAAAGUGAACCAGAGGUGGCAGCUAAGCGAGCCAAGACUGGGAGAGCUGCAGAGGAUGAUGAUGGGUUCUUUGGACCAGCUCUGCCUCCAGGAUAUAAAAAGCAACAUUCACCAGAAAGGGCACCUGUGUUGGGGCCAGCUCUGCCUCCUGGGUUCUGCAGGACUGAAUAUGACAGUGAUGAUGAUGAUGAGGAAGAAAUUGUUCCAGGACCUGCCCUUCCUCAGGGCUACUGUCCCGAACCCUCCAGCAGCGAGGGAGAGGAGGAGGACGUGAUUGGACCCAUGCCUGCUAAAGGACCGAUUCAAGAUUCUGUUGCUCAUGAUUUUGAGUGCAGGGCACGAAGGAUGAAAGAUAAGCUAACAAGAGUGGAUGUUCCAGAGGUGGUAACUAGAGAAACGUGGAUGACAGAGCUCCCACCAGAACUGCAGCACAUUGGUUUGGGUGCUCGUACUUUCAAGAAAAGGUCAGGUCCAGAGAACAAGGAUCGCUCCAUUUGGACGGAUACACCAGCAGACAGAGAGCGCAAGGCUAGGGAACGACUUGAAGGAAAAAAGACAAGUGAGACAAAGAAAGAUAACGCACCACAAGUUACUCAGAAGGACUUGGAAAUGGCAGAGAAAGUAUCUAAAUAUAAUGAGUCUAAACGGGCAGAGUCCCUGAUGAGUAUGCAUGCAAAGAAGAUUAAGGAAAAGGCAAAGGAGAAAGCUGACAACCCAGUGGAAAGGAGGCCAUUUGAUCGUGAUGAGGACUUGCAGGUUAAUCGAUUUGAUGAGGCUCAAAAGCAGCGGCUGCUGAAGAAAUCUCAGGAACUGAACACACGGUUCUCCCACAGCAAGGACCGAAUGUUCUUGUAACCCCAAAGCAUCCGAAAAAUGCUGUCAUUAGCAGGUUCACUGGUUUUACUUAAGUUAAAAAGUUUAUACAACGUGGACUGGUUGUAAACUAGAAUGGAUUGAAUACAAACAUGUGAAUUUCUUAGAUUUUGUACAUUUGUAUAAUGACUGUAUUCUACAAGGUAGUUCAUUUGUUUUUAUUGGAAUUCAAAAUUUAGAAAGCUGUUCAAAUCAUUAAAAUACUUAUAAGCUUAUGCUUCUGCCUGCACCCAUUCUUAGCAUUGUGUAAGUUGUGUGUUUGCUUGUAAAACUGCAAAUGUUUCUUUGUUAUACUAUUAUGUUGUACUAUUGAUUUUAAUUUCUCAUUAAACUUCUCAUUAAAAUACUUGCUAAGUUUUUGUAAACCGCAUAAUCUUUUUUGUUGUUGAGAUUAGAUUGGACAUACAUCUCCACCACACCAAUAUGGUGACAACUGUUCUGCUUACUGUCAUUCAUGUCAUUUUUUUAAAGUGUGGUGAUUUUGUCUUUUUUUUUUUAAAUUUUAUUAUUAUUAGUUUGUCUUUUUAUUUGCAGGAUCACCUUCAAAAUUUUUAACCUGACCUCUUGUCACCCUAUCAUCUACAACAGAUUUUAUAAUGUUCCGAAUGUAAGUUAAAACAUUAUUUGUCUUAAACCAGCCUGUCCAUAAAAACAUAACCAUAUUACUGAAUACUAUGUAGUAAUGUAACCUCUAAGCUGUGAUGAAGUGGUUAAAAAUCAUCUAAAAACUCACCUUUUCAUCCAGGCGUUCCCUCCCUAAAUGUUUCAGAAUGAUGGCUUUGUUCGGGUUCACACUUUCACUUUGUUUAUACUCAUGAUUUAAUUUUCUACUUUAUCACUGCUAUUGUUUUUCUGAUGUUUUUAUUGGUUAGAGGUAUUUGCCCUGAUCUUUAUCAUGUUGUACAGCGCUUUGUGAUUUAUAUCUGUGAAAGGCGCUAUAUAAAUAAACUUUUACUUACUUA